UCACAUCGUCUCCGACAAAGAUGCAACCAAACGUGCUGCGCGCGCUCCGCCGAUAAGAACCGAGUUACCUGAAGAUAAGAACGAGGAGCGGUCAACAGGUGGCUGUUUGCAGGCGCUCGGCACAUCUUUACGCACGGAGCUGCCGCGGCGGACCGCCGAAAUGCUGCUACCGUGCGCCUCUCUGUUAACGCUGGCGGCUCUCCACGCGAACUUAUACCUAACAAAAGCUGAGGGUUGUGGAGCAUCCUGUGGAAAAUGUGACUGCAGCGGAGUGAAAGGAGAUAAGGGGGAACGUGGAUUUCCUGGUCUUCAGGGCAACAUGGGGUUUCCAGGAAUGCAGGGACCAGAGGGGCCUCCGGGACCAAUUGGAUCCAAGGGGGAUCUCGGUGAGCCUGGAGCUCCUGGACUCAAAGGAGUGCGGGGUCCUCCUGGUCUGCCUGGUUUCCCAGGUCACCCAGGGCAACCAGGCAUCAAUGGGCACGAUGGUCCUCCAGGUCCACCCGGUAUCCCAGGAUGUAACGGAACUAAGGGGGAUAGAGGAACAGAUGGAUUUUCUGGUUUUCCUGGCCCUCAAGGACCUCCUGGAAUCCCAGGAUUUCCUGGAAUGAAGGGAGACCCCGGUGGUGUGAUUGGGUUUGUUCCCACGAAAGGAGAGAAGGGGUAUCCUGGCUCACCUGGACAACCAGGAGCAAUCGGUUUUCCAGGACCUGUCGGACCUCCAGGGCCCCGAGGAUAUCCAGGGUUAAAAGGAGAUGCUGGCCCGCCUGGUCCUCCUGGAGAAAAAGGUGACAGAUUGGCUUUUGUGAGCGCAAAAGGAGAUAAGGGUGAACCGGGACUCCAGGGCCCACCCGGUCCCCCCGGCCCUUAUCAGGAAGCAGAAGGAACAUCUACAAUCAUUAUAAAAGGACAGCCGGGUCCACCUGGAGAUCCCGGUGACAGAGGAGAAAAAGGCUUUUGCCUCCCUUAUCAGCAUGGGAUUAAAGGUGAACCAGGCCAACCUGGACCAAGAGGUAAACCUGGAAAAGAUGGCGAGGACGGUCAAAGGGGGGAGACGGGCUAUCCUGGGCCUCCAGGAUUCCCUGGAACCCCAGGGCAAAAGGGGGAUCAAGGACCACCAGGAUUUGGCGAAGGUGCACCUGGUCCACCUGGCCCACCUGGUCUGCCAGGAUUUCCAGGCGAAAAAGGUUUUCCUGGUCCACAAGGAGAACCGGGUCCAGCAGGUCGUCACAUUGAAGGACCUCGAGGAGAACCGGGCCAAAAAGGCGAUGUUGGGCAAAAGGGUGACAGAGGGGUAUUAGGAGAGUCUCUUCCUGGACCACCGGGACAACCAGGGAAAAAAGGAGAACCUGGACCGCCUGGCCAACCUGUUGAUCCACUGGCAUGUAUCCUUGCGAAGGGAAACUCUGGUCCACCUGGACUUCCUGGUUUACAAGGGGAAGAAGGACAAAAAGGUGAUAAAGGAGACACGUGUGUUCACUGUGAGACCAGUGGUAUAAUUGGAGAACCUGGACCCCAAGGCCCUAAAGGAGAUCAAGGACCUCCUGGUCCAGUUGGCAGCAAAGGAGACAAAGGUCAAACCGGACCUCCUGGAGAAAAUGGAAGACCUGGUUCUCAAGGAAAUCCUGGAUUAAUGGGAGCCCCGGGUGCUGUGGGUGCACCAGGAGAUGUUGUCAUUGCUCCUGGUCUUAAGGGGGAGAAAGGCUUUCCUGGUCGUCCUGGUCUGCAGGGUCAGCCUGGCCUGGAUGGACUGCCAGGCAGAGACGGCCUUCCAGGUCAGCCCGGCCUCAAGGGAGAACCCGCUAAAGAAGGCAUCAAGGGUGAACGCGGACGAGAUGGAGAGCCGGGUCAAAUUGGACCUCCAGGUGAAAGAGGUCCUCCAGGUAUAGCAGGCUUUGGCCAACCUGGAGAGCGUGGCGAUAAAGGCGGUCAGGGAAGACCAGGAACUCCUGGAGCUCCUGGACUUCCAGGUCUAAAAGGUGAGCCAGGCAAAGGAGUGAGCAUUCCUGGACCUCAGGGAGUACCCGGACCACGGGGAGAAAAUGGCUUACCUGGAAUUCAAGGUGAAAGAGGAUUACAAGGGGACCCAGGGCUGCCUGGUUUUCCUGGAGACAAAGGAGAACAAGGACCACCAGGAAUUGGAUUUCCAGGCCCAAGUGGUCCCAAAGGGUAUAGUGGAGCUCCUGGAGCCCCAGGAUUACCUGGAGAGCCAGGAAGACCAGGGAAGGAUGGCUUAACUGGACAAGCUGGUUCCCCCGGGCAAAAAGGUGAACCUGGCCGAGGUCUACCGGGUCCUAAAGGUUUUCAAGGGCCCCCAGGAAUUACUGGAUUUCCGGGACAGAAAGGAAACAUUGGUUUGCCUGGUAUUCCUGGACAAGAAGGACAGACAGGACCACCAGGACCUCAGGGUCUCAAAGGUGAUAUUGGCCCUCCUGGACUUCCUGGGCAGACUGGUCCACCGGGUGCUCCUGGAAAAGGCUUGCCUGGACCUCCUGGACCACAAGGACCACAUGGAGAGCCUGGACCACAUGGGAGGGAAGGCAUAAAGGGAGAUAAAGGCUUUCCAGGUACUCCUGGUCUUGACAUGCCUGGGCCUCAAGGAGAGAAAGGAGUCCCUGGAUUCCCAGGCAUCCCGGGGGGUAGAGGACUGCCGGGCCCACCGGGCUCAGCAGGCAGAGACGGACAAAUUGGAACCCAAGGUCGGAAAGGUGAAAUGGGCAACAUGGGAAUGCCGGGAGUACAAGGAUUUCCUGGAUCUCCAGGUUUACCUGGAUCUCCAGGUUUGAGAGGUGAUCCUGGAUUUACUGGACCAAGUGGAGAAAGUGGAGAACCUGGACCUAAGGGUGAAAGAGGAGAGCCAGGUCUACAAGGUCCCCCUGGGGAAAUGAAUGAUGUAGAUAUGGAGCACAUGAAGGGGGAAAAAGGAGACACUGGAGAUAGAGGCGACCCAGGUGUAUCAGGAGAUCGAGGCUACCAAGGGGUGCAAGGAGACCCUGGAAUGCCUGGAAAGGAUGGAGAACCUGGAUCACCAGGACAACCAGGUGACAAAGGAGAUCGAGGUUUUCCAGGAGAACCAGGAAGCAUGGGACCUCCUGGACAAAAAGGCUCUUUGGGAGAAAUGGGUAUUCCAGGUCCAGCUGGUCCAAAGGGUACUAAAGGCGAUUUUGGGAGACCGGGACAUCCUGGAUUUAAAGGUCUAGAUGGUGAAAAGGGAGACACGGGGUCACCUGGUGAGCCAGGCAUCGGCGUACCAGGUGUCCCAGGACAAAAGGGUCACACCGGUGACCCGGGAGUCCCGGGGUCUCCUGGAGAAAAAGGUGAAAAGGGUUAUUCAGGAAUGCCUGGUUCUCCUGGAGUUCAAGGACCCAAGGGAGACAAAGGAAGCAUUGGGUAUCAAGGUCAAGCAGGCAGACCAGGAGACAAAGGUGAUCCUGGACUUCCUGGGUCUGUGGGAGAACCAGGUCGUGAUGGACGACCCGGCGAAGGUGGUCUGCAGGGGCCUUCAGGCCCCAGGGGAGAUAAAGGUGAGCCUGGAGAGGACGGAAUUCCUGGAUCCACUGGGGAGAGAGGAGACCCAGGUUUGCCUGGUCGGGGUGUUCCUGGACCUCCUGGAGAACUUGGUACCAAGGGUGACAAAGGUAGCUCUGGUCUUCCUGGGGCCCCAGGUAAUCCAGGUGUCCCUGGAAUCAAAGGGGACAAGGGCUAUCCAGGUCCACAGGGACCGCAGGGAGAGACAGGGGAGCGAGGUCUUCCUGGCAUUUCUUUGCAGGGACCUAAAGGAGACAGGGGAGAAACAGGAAAUCAGGGAGCACCAGGACCCAAAGGAGUGAUAGGAGAAGCUGGCUUUCCAGGCAGAGAUGGUGAAAAGGGCGAGAAAGGCAGUCAAGGUCUUCCUGGUUUCCAGGGAGAAACGGGACACAAGGGCGACCCUGGAGUUCCUGGACUUCCUGGUCAAACUGGUCUUCCAGGUAUUGAUGGCCAGAAGGGUGAAAGAGGACUCCAAGGUGUUCCUGGUUUUCCAGGUACAAAGGGUGAAAUUGGAGACAUAGGGUUCAAAGGAGAAGUGGGGGACAGGGGUUUCCCAGGACUAAAAGGUGGUGAAGGCCCGCCUGGUCCUCCUGGCCCUCAACUUUUCAUAAAAGGAGAUGUUGGGGCUCCAGGAAUUCAAGGCUUGCCGGGCCCUCAGGGGCCAGCAGGGUUUCCUGGACUGAAAGGGCAGCAAGGGAUAACAGGUUUUCCAGGGCCCAAAGGUGACAAUGGAGUUCCUGGUUAUGAUGGUCUGCCGGGAGCUAAGGGAGAGCCUGGUCUGCCAGGACCUCAAGGUCCCAGAGGGUAUCCUGGCCCCCCAGGACCAGAUGGAGUUCCAGGGCAGGUGGGUGCUCCUGGCCCCUCAUCCAUGGACCAUGGCUUCCUGGUAACAAGGCACAGCCAAGCGGUUGAGGUACCCCUCUGUCCUGGGGGAACCAGGCUCAUAUAUGAUGGCUACUCUCUGCUCUACGUGCAAGGCAAUGAACGCUCCCACGGACAAGACUUAGGAACUGCAGGCAGCUGCCUCAGGAAAUUCAGCCCCAUGCCCUUCCUGUUCUGCAACAUCAACAACGUUUGCAACUUUGCCUCUCGCAAUGAUUACUCCUACUGGCUCACUUCGCCGGAGCCCAUGCCCAUGAGCAUGGCACCUAUUACAGGGGACAGCAUCAAACCCUUCAUCAGCAGGUGUGCUGUAUGUGAAGCCCCAGCCAUGGUGAUAGCAGUUCACAGCCAGACGAUCAGGAUCCCAGAAUGCCCCGAAGGCUGGGACUCUCUGUGGAUUGGCUACUCCUUUGUGAUGCACACUAGUGCUGGUGCUGAAGGUUCGGGACAGGCUUUGGCCUCUCCUGGUUCCUGUCUAGAGGAAUUCCGGAGCGCUCCGUUCAUCGAGUGCCACGGGCGAGGAACCUGCAACUACUAUGCCAACUCUUACAGCUUCUGGCUAGCCACCAUUGAGGACAGCAAUAUGUUUAAGAAACCAAUCCCGACAACUCUUAAGGCAGGCGAACUCCGGACACAAAUAAGCCGGUGUCAGGUGUGCAUGAAGAGAACUUAACCCCCAAUAAAACAAACAAACAAACAAAAACAGAAAAAAAAACAACAAAGCCCUUUAAACAACAAGACAUGCACCGGUGUUCUGGCUUUACUUCCUGUCUUCAAAGGAUGGUGCUACUUCCCUGCUUUUUUAAGAGGAGACGGAUGGGAGGCGUGGGAUACACAACAGCCAGAGAUUGAACUUUACAUGACAUAGAGACCAAGCGGCCUUUUGCUCCAUGCAGAAAGCAUGUUUCCAAAGAAUGCCACCCAGUUUACCACUGCACUGAUUUCACGCCCCAAAACGGGUAAACUCGGGUUCAUUUUGAAAGGGCUGUUUGUGUAAGUCAGGUGCUAUUUUUACUUUUUUUUCCUGUUUUUCUUUUAAUCCACAGAAGCCACACAAUGCCAUCAUAUAACUACACGUUGUUAUAGAUUUUCUCACCUUGUAAUAUGUUUAAAUCUACUAAUGAAAAGACUGGGACUUACCACUGCUUGUGUCAAGUGUCAAACCACCGCAAAUUUGCAAAAAAACCAGCAAAAAAACAAAAAACGGAUUUACACCAGUCACUCUGAUGUAGAUAAGAUGCAUUCCUCCAUUACAGUUACACUUACCCCUCCUCAGGUUAUUACUGUAUUACUUUGUGUGUCAUUAAGCCCAUUUUUAUUAUUUAUAAGAAUAUGUUGGACUUGACUUUAUUUGAUAUUCCAUGUAUCCAAAAACAACUUUUCAUUGUGUGACAGCCAUAUUAACAGCACUGAAGCAGAAAUUGACAGGUGUGUGUGCGUGCGUGCGUGUGUGUACAUAUGUGAAUGGACUUAAAUGGAAAUCAUAUGUUUGCAAAGUCUGCAUACAUAUAUAAAAUAUUACUGCACACCCCUGUUGUUGCUUUAUCAGUAGCAAAUGAAGGUGAAGAUGCUGAAAAAAGAGGAGUCAUCUUUUCUUCACUGUUAAGUAGAGGUUUGAUGGCAGCACCUCAUUUGUCAUUUAUGCUUCCAUAGAAAUGCACAUGUAUAUAUGCUAUUACUAACCUGUACUCUCUGUUGUGCCUGUUUACUGUUCCCAUUUAUGAUUUCCUUUGUUUAAACACAUCCUUUGAAAGAAAUGCCAUGAAUGAUUCACGUUCAGUGCCUUUCCAACUUCAAACAUUUUAUGAACUCAUCUGGUUAUCAUUUCUAUCAGUAUAAAUGGUCAGAAUCAGGUGGGGUUAUUUUCACACAAGUUGAUUCUGUAAAGUUUUUUGAAAUCCAUACUUUUCUGUUAUUGUCCCUUUUUAGAGAUAUUAAAAUGUUGGAGGUGUACUUACACUGACU